AUGUUAUUUUUUGCAAUAAUUAUAAUAUGCUUCCUCCUGACGGUUGCAUCGGAUAUAGUGAAACUACUCAGAAUCUCUGCUCUGUUUACAAACCAUAAAUCUGGAAACACAGAACUGCUGCAAGAAGAAUUAAAAAAGGCAAAAGCCGAAUUGGACAAAGUUUUGAAUACAACAGGUCAAGAUCGCUAUGUGGCCGAAAUACGUAGAAUGCGGGCAGAGGACAAAGUAAAUGAAGCUCAGCGUAAAAUCAAAAUGGAACAACGUAAAGGUCAAUUGAAGACCUAUUCCACAGAAAUUAUAAUGGGUUAUGGCUUUAAGGCUAUUCUUUAUAUAUCACUGGCUAUCAUAUCCUUCAAGCAUCGUUAUAACCCGGUAUUGACAUUCAGUGAAGACAUAAGCCUACAGCCACUGCAAGGUCUUUUGAGCUUUCCCACCGGUGUACCCAAUGCCAUUUCAGUACCCAUUUGGGUGUUAUCAUGCAAUGUAACCUUUAGACUAAUGUCUGGUCUGGUAAGACAGCAUUUGACUAGCAAAUAA